AGAACAUUAGUAAAAAGGAUUUUUUUUUUUGUCUUUCAUGUUAUUAUUUUACACGAUAAUUAUGAAAAUAACCAACAAUUCUCUUGUAUUUCCUCACCAAAUAAUAGACAUCGUUUAAUUGAUCUGAUAUUGAUGUUUUGUGUUUCGUUGGUCGACUUUAUACCAAUGUGUUUUAAGAACUCCUUAAUAUGGUCUCCGUCACUGGUGCUUUGUCACUAUCAUUAUUAUUAUUAUCAUUCGUUGGUGGAGAGAGAAUUUCUCGAUCAAAUUCUUCGCGUGGGAUACAUUUCGAAUCUGUAUUAAUGGAGAUAGAGUUAUAUUAUAAAGGUUUACAUUAAAUAAUAGUUGUUCCCAAGUAGCAAGCAGUACUUCGACAUAACAUCCGCGUCCGUCUUGUAUUAAUGGUUCUGGCUUCUUUGUAAAGUCUUCACCUCCGUAUCUCUGCAGUUGGUGCUUUGUCUUAUUUACACCCCCCCGAUAUAUAUAUAUAUAUAUACUUUGGUUAGAUCUAUUUUUUUUUUGUUUGUUUGUUUCUAAUCCCCUCUUAACAACACUGGUUCCUGUUAAUUACUAAUUUUUUUUGUUCUACCAAAGCCAUCCAGUGAGUGAAACGAACGAGUUGGAAACCAGUGAAUGAAUGUGCGCGUAUGUAUGUGUGUGUGUUAGUUAUCUGUCAUGUGCGUGUGUGUGUUAGUGUGUGUUGAUGUGACUGCGCGCGUGUGUAUUAACUGGGUCAUGUGGUACUCACUCAGGAAACAUGGCUGACCAAAGUGAAUCGGAAGAACUGGACGCCGAUCGAAAGUCUUUUUCUACUCAUUUACUGGAAAAUAGGAAUCUAAGCCAACAGGGAACUGUGUUGAAAAUGAGUCAAAAAUCAGAUGGAAAAUUAAUUUCUAAACCAGUUGAUGCUCAACUCUUUAAUGUUGAUCUAUCUUCUGUUCCACUGCCACCUGCAGCAGCAGCGGUAGAAACUGUCGUUGAAGACACUUCGUUUUCAUCACAAAAUCAAACUGUGGCUUUCACAAAGAAAAAGUACAAUGAUGAGUGUAAUUCCUCAAAAAGUAUGUCCAAUAUUCUACCUCCAUCUUCACUUUCAUCUACAAGUUCCAGUUCUACAACCACAAGAAUUCAUUUGCCUUUUACAUCAAGUGGAUUGUCAUUAUCUAGUGAUGUAUCACAAAUAUCUACAACUUCAGUACCACAACCAGUGCCCCCUCCUGUGUCUAUGCCAAUGACAUCAGUUUCCACAUUGCCACCAUUACCGCUAACACCUGUACCCCCUGUUCCACCACCACCAAUCUUACCAGCAACACCUUCUUUAGGUCUAUCAAAUUUUCAAACACAAAUUAUGGUACAGCAUAAUAACAGUAGUAAUGUAGUAUCUUCUUCAACUCCAUACAUUGAUAGUAUGGAUAAAGAAACAACACAUUCUAUGAAAAAAGAUAGCAUAGACAUAACGAAAUCUCUAUCAUCACCGGACGCUCAAAAGGAUUCUAAAUCUGAUAAAAAUCAUAUAUUAGCAAAAACCCCUAAUAGAAUCACUCGAUUUUCACUGAAGUCACCUGAUGGUGGUGGCAAACCAAAAGUUUCGUUCCAGAUAAAACGUAAAAAUAGACCUAUUGUUGGUGAUAAAACAGAAUCUAUUGUUGAGGAAGAAGAUGUAAUCAACAGUAACCCUGGGCAGUUUGUCACCAGAAAGAGAGAAAUGUUUAAACCAGCUGAAGUUGAGUCUGUAGCAGCUCAGCAAAUUGCAUUAAUCAAAAGUUUAGGAAUUUUGGAAAAUGUUCAAAAGAAAGCUCAAACAUCACCCACAGGUCUGGAAACAGAACCAUCUUUAUUAACAACAGAUCGAACUUCUCCUACUGACAAAACAGUAGAUAAAACUUUACUAAAUAAAGUGAAUGAUAAAAUAUCAGAAAUAUCUCUUUUAGGGAAAGAGGAGGAAAAGCAAUCAUUGGAUGACAAAUCACAAGAGAUGACCAAUGAAAAAUUUACCCCAGAGAAAGUCCGUGAACAAUUUUCUCAUGAAACUAGUCAAGAAAAUUCAAACAUUACAAAUGAUAAACCAAAAGAAGUUACUCCUCAUGGGAGCCCAAGUGAAAAUUUGAAUAAAGAAAAGUUUACAGAGAAACCAGUGAGCGAGAAAUCUGUUAAUAUAACUCCUGAAAAAUCUCAUGAACCUUCAUCAUCAAUCAAUCAAUCUCGUGGAAAGUCUACGCGUGACAGAAGUUCAGACCAUUCAUCAAUAGAACGAACGCAUGAUCGCUCAACUCGAGAUAAAUAUGAUAAGAAUUUUGACAAGUCUCGUGAUCGAAAUACUCAUGAUCGUUCUGGGAGAGAUAAUUCCCACGAUCGUUCUAUAAGAGGGCAGUCCUAUGAAAGAGGGGGAAGGGAGAAAUCUCAAGACAGAUCAAGAGACUGGGAAAGAUCACGAGAUCGAUCAACAAGAGAUAGAUCUCGUGAAAGAUCAUAUGACAGAUCAUCUCGAGACAGGCGUGAUAGAUCAAACAGAGAUCGAUCAAAUAGAGACAGGUCACGUGAUCGAUCAACUCGUGAUAGGUCACGAGACCGAUCCACCCGUGGUAGAUCAAGGGACCGAUAUAUGAGGGAAAAGUCUUAUGAGAGAUCUCCAGAUGAAAGAUCUUUAUCUGAUAAACCUUCAGAUCAUAUAAAAAAUCGUUCUGAUAAUUCCUAUGACUAUAGAAACUCUCAGAGACGCUUUAAUACUAGGGAAAGGAGAAGUCGAUGGAGUGAAAGAUAUGAUGAUAAUCGUUAUAGUCGUACUUCUGAUCGGUAUAAAAGGGACACAUAUGACAAUCGAAUAUCUUCUCAUUAUUAUGAUGAUGAUUACUAUAAUCGGUCGCAUUAUGAGGAUAAAAGAUCCCGCUAUGAUGACAGACCUUUUUACAGCCAAGAUAAACAUCAGCGAUCUGAUGAUGUUUACUCAGAUCGUUAUGACAGAAGAAACAGGCGAAGUUUUCAUCCUUCGGAAGAAAAAGUCUCUGACAUAGAUAGUAGUUUAAAAGAUUCUAGUUCUCCAAUCCGUCACUCAUUUACUGGAACUAAAUCAUCAAGCAUAGGUAGUGGAAUAAAUGCUAUAAGUGUUCAUUACAGCCAGACCAGUGAUAGUGAUAGUUCUCCUGUCCAUAACUUAGAUGGAAUGAAGCAAUAUAAUCAGCUACAGUAUAGUUCUUCCAGUGUAGUUGUAUCUAGUUCAAGUACAGUUCCAACAAACCAGCUGCCAGUAUUUGGACAAGAACAUCAAAUACAAAAUUACAGUAAUAAAUUAGAUGAAUGUGGUACUGCAACUAAUUAUAAUUAUGGUGAUUCAACACCAGUCCGAGAUGAACCAAAUGAUUAUGAAUUCAAUUUUGCACAGAAUUCCACUCCAGUUAAUUCUUAUCAGGGCUUUGGUAAUCUUUAUCAGCCUAAUACUAGUGCAAUGACUUGGUUGGCUCCUCCUCUAGAACCAGUCCAAGACAUUGAUGUAAACCAGAGAAUUAACAGUACAACUACUAUUCCAACUGUAUUAGGGGAUAAUUCAAGUUAUCCUUCUGUUCUAAAUACCAGCAUGCAACAGAAAGAACAUGCAAGCAUAGUUCCUAUUACACUUGCCUCUCAGAAUAUAGCAGACCCAUCAAGAAUUAAUAUGAAUAUUUCCAAUGCUGUCACUGAACACAGAAUCCCUUCACUUCUAAAAGAUUUCCCCAAAAUCACUCAUAAUAACACUUCAACACAAAACUUUGCUCUAACUUCAAAUGUUAAUCAACUAAAUUUGUCUUCUGUUUCUACUUCAACUGUAAGCUUGAACUCUAAUAUUAAUCUAAAUCCUUGUUUACCAAAUUCAGUUGGACUGCCACCUGUUGCCAUUAGUCAUUUACCACCACCACCACCACCACCACCACUACCAUCUGAAAGUAAUGCAAACUUUUUAACUCGACCCUAUGAAGUGAAACUUGAAAAUUCAAGCUAUAAUGUUUUGAGUAAUUAUGCAUCAAGUAAAACACCUUCUCAGUCUCAACCUGUCAUUCAUAGUAGUAACAAAGAUUUCAGUUCCUCUCAAAAGGAACAACUUCAAGCUGUUACAUCAAUUGGUAUUGCAGAUAUUACAGUAGGUAGUUUUAGUGAUCCUAAAGUGUCUUUGACAUCACAAAGUACUGUACAGAAACCUAUUGCACAGAUAAGUUAUUCAGCAGAUAAAUUGCAUGUUGCAGAUUCUAUCACUCAGUCUCCAAAGAUAGAUAGUUGUCAUAAACCAGGGCUUGAAAAUCAAUUAUUAACAUCAGGCAUUUCUGUAAAAUCCACAGACUCUUCUGCUGAAGAUUACAAUAAAUAUUUUUCUUUGAUAAGCAAACAAACAUCCCAAAUGAAGACAGUUGAUGAACCAGCUCUACCAGUAAAAGAUAUUUGUAGUUCAGAAACAAAACUCCCUCAACGAUCUGAGGCUAAAUUAAUUUCAAACCAAUUGAAAAACACUGUUUCAACAAAUAUAGUUGUUGAACAUGUCCCAAUCAUAGAAUUUUCUCAUAUAAUUGAACCUGCUGAGACUAAGCAGAGAACAUUAGUCAGUAGCCAUUUAGGAGAAGCAGAAGUUAGUUCCUCUGACUAUUUAUUGACAGAGCAAUCAACGAAACUGGCAGUUAAAACAGAACAACCUUCACUUGAACAGUGUAUACCAGACUCUGACUGUACUGAUCAGAAGAAAGGUAAAAUUAACGAAACUGAUAUUGAAAAUGAAAGUCAAGAGAAGAGAGUUCCUGCUGUUGUAAACACAACAGAUAGUCUUUGCCUAAAAGAUAACUUUGAAGAAGAACUAAUGGAAGUUGAUUCUCCUGAAAGUUCUUGCUACAUUGAGACAAAUUUUAAUAUGUCUUCUGCUCCCAAUGACAACCAAGGACAAACAGCUGACAAUCGUGACGACCAUUCAAUCAUUUCCACUUCAUGUAGCAAUAGCCAGAUUCAAGAUAUACAAACUGAAGUUUCACAUGGAAAAACUGAAAAUAAAGUUUAUCUGAAGUCGGAUUGCAAAGUGACAGAUAGUUCAACACUAUCAAAUCGAGAAAAUGAAAUUUCUUCUAGUGAUAUGCAGAAAACAAGCUGUGAUAUUCUUAACUCUGAGAACACUAUUUCUACAACUGGUAAUGAAGAGAAAAUCAAAUUCUCUUCUCCAGAUUUGUCAAAUUCAGUGACAAUUAGUAAAUACUCAGAAAGCUCUCGUCAGACAUCUACUGACAACAAACACAUAAAAUUUCAGCAUGUCAUUCGUAGUAUUACCACAGACAGUACUUAUUCAGUUGAUGUCACAUCAUCUGAUGAAAAAUUCCACAAAAUAAACAAACCAAAAUUUCAUGCUCUUCAGAAAGAUAGACAAAAUAUUCCAAAAUUUGACACUUUAUCUCCAAAGAAUACUAGUCAGGUAAUUUCAAGUGGGAAAGAAAUUAAGAGUGGCAAGGUUAGUGGUAGCAGACCAACAUCACGCUGGGAUGUUUCUAAUCCAUCUCAAAGCAAGAACAGUGAUAUUACAAAGUCAUCUUCUGUUGCUACUUCAAGUGAAGUACAAAGUUCCAAAUUACUGAACCAGAAUAUUUUUGAAAUAAUUGGUGAAUCUAAAAAUAUUUUCCAGAAAGAUAGUCAGAAUCUUGUGUCUGUAACAAAUACUAAAGUUGGUCAAGUAAGUGUGCUGAAGGAGAGUGAGACUGUUAAAGAACAGACCAUUUCAGUAUUCUACGAAAGUCUUGAAUCUGAAUACCAAGAUAAGGUUAGUAAGAGUCAAUUGCCCAGCAUGAAGAAAGAAGAAAAGUUCAAAGUUGAACCAAUACUUGAGCAGCCGUUCAAAGAUACAACGUUGUUGGAAACACAAGAACCUGUAAAUGUUGAAUUAUCCAAAGUAAAUGAGUUGAAUGAAUCAAAAGAGCUAACCGUACUAAGUUCAAAUGAAUUUUCAGUAAAUAGUAGUGACCAGCUUAAAGGAAAGGAGGAAAACACUGUGGUGGCUGCAGAACAAACUAAUGAAGAAGAGCUAUUGGCAAGAAGUGUUGAUACCAUUUCUUCUAAGACUGAACAGGCAAGUGAGAUCAGUGUUAGUGAGGAUAAUGCAGAAUGUUCUACACUUGUAGAAACCAGUGUAAGAAAUGAAGACUGUAGUAGUAAAGAUGAAGGCAUUGAGUCACCAACUCAAGAAAAGUCCAUCAAAGGUAGUAAAAAGUCUGAGAGUGUGUCUCAGACAUGCCUAACUCCUGCACCCAGAAGAAGUGGACGCAUUCGAUCGUUAGAAGAGAAGAGAGUUCGUGAGAAAGAAGGGAAAAAGGAAAAAGAUUGCCGUACAAAGAAGGUGAAGACAGAUAAAGAAGCUGAAGAUAAGGAGAAGCUUAUUCACGAAGAUAAAAAUAUCGAUGAUCCUGGAACAAAGGAUGUUUCCAUAAAAGAAGAGGUAGCAAAAGAAGCUGAGGAGAGAAAAGAACGAGAAGGUAGACGAACUAGAAACCGAGCCAGCAACAAAGAAGAGGAGGAUCUAAAGGAAGAGAUGGAUAAAAAACGUCGAGACAUUAACAACAGACAGGUAAAAGAGGACAAGAAAGUGACAGAAGUAGUAAAAGAGAAGCCGAAACGUGUUACUCGAAACAAAAAGCUUUUGGAGCCUGAAAAGACUAAGUCAGAUCAGAUUGGAUCAGAAAAUGAGAUUAAACAAGAUGAGCCUGAAGCUGCUAUAUUAAAUGUUGCUUCUGAUUGUUCACAAACAGAUACAACCUCUAAUUCAGUUAGCCAAAUUAAAAAACCUUCGGCUGUUACAAGUAGCUAUAGCCUGAACCCGACACAAAACAGUGCAUCUUCUCUUCAGAAAGAUUCAUUCCAAACCACUCCUACAACCACUGACCAACCAGCCAUUAAUAAAGAAACGAAGAAAGAAGAUUCCCUUACAUCAUCACGUCCCUUAAAGGUCAAGUCAAGGUGGAGAAAAACAAUGGAAGCUGAGUGGUUAUCAGCCAGUGCACAUAUAACAAGUACAUCAACUGACUUGUCCAGUAGUGUCAGUACUACUAUACCUACCACACUAUCACCCCAAAUCUCCCCUUCUUUGCAAACAUUACCAUCAGCAACUAUUGUGACAUCGUUGCCAUCUCUGCCACAAACAUUAACCAGCCCCUCUUUACCAUCUUCUUCAUGUGCUCAGCCAUCUGAUCUUACAGUACCUUUAGGAUCUCAGGCCAGUAUUCAUCAGACACAACCAACAACUCUUCUACAGCAAGCAACACCUUCGUCGCUACAGCAGCCGUCCAUUCAGAUCUCUUCCUCUCAGAUUUCUCCUCAACAGAAAUGCCAACCAGUGGUUUCAACAACAUUCCAAAGUUCAGAUGAAAUCCUAAUUAGCAGUAAGACUGCCUCAGCUAACAGCAGCAUUAUUGAAGAUCAUCGUAAGUCCUAUUUACAAAAGCCAACAGUUGAUACUAUCUUAGAAGAAGAGGAGGAGGAAGAAGUAGAAGGGGAACACAAAAACAAGGAUGUAACUCUUCAAGAGGAUGUAGCAAACCUGGUACCGUCAUCGAUCAAAGAUACUCCAAGCCGACCAGAUGUAGAAGCGAACAAAGAAAAUGAUGGAUCUUACGAGGAAAUUAUAGACAAUAUAUAUCUUACUGAAAGGAAAAAAUCAAAACAAAUGAGGGAAGUACGGCGUAUGGUUUGUGAUUGCACAAUAAACCCUGAAGAUAGAGAUGCCAACUUGGAUGCUUGUGGAGAAGAUUGUUUGAACCGGAUGCUGAUGAUAGAAUGUGGUUCCCGUUGUCCAUGUGGGGAAUACUGCAACAACAAAAGAUUCACUCGACAUCAAUAUGUAAAUGUCACAACAUUCCAGACAGAAAACAAAGGACUUGGAUUAAUGACUCUUGAAGAUGUCCUGCCGCAUACAUUUGUCAUGGAGUAUGUUGGAGAAGUUCUUGACUAUAAGCAGUUCAAGAAUCGGACAAAGCAGUAUGCUAAAAAUGGCCAGGAGCAUUAUUAUUUCAUGUCCCUGAACGCUGAUGAAGUGAUUGAUGCCACAUACAGAGGAAAUAAAUCUCGUUUUAUUAAUCAUAGCUGUGAUCCAAAUUGUGAAACUCAAAAGUGGACAGUAAAUGGAAUGCUGCGAAUUGGAUUUUUCACCAAAAAGUAUAUUAGUGCUGGGCAGGAGAUGACAUUUGAUUAUCAGUUUGAAAGCAAACAAGCACAAAAAUGUCACUGUGGCUCAAGUUGUUGUCGAGGAACAAUAGGUGGUAAGAAAAAGUCUACAGUGAAAUCCAAGAAGAAAAGUGUUUCCUCAGAAAAGAAAAAGAAAGAGUUUGAAGAUGAAUCUAAUAUCCUAAAGCUCAAUAAGCAAUGGAACAACAUGUCGCAGAGUGAUGAUGAUGGUGAUGACGGUGACGACAAUGGUGGUGACAACGGUGAUGAGGAGGACGACGGCGAUGACGAACAAGGCGCCGUUAAGAAGCAACCAGAUGGCCAGAUAAAACUACUCAUGUUGGAAGAAGAAAUGGAACGAAUGUCCCAGUUAGAAGGAUUAAAGAAUAAAGAACAUGUACUUAACCUGUGCAGGUUAAUGGUUAGAGCAGAAAGUAAUGACCAUCGAUUGUCCAUAUUGCGCAUAUUGCAGGGCACAAAUGAGCAGGCUUGUUUGCGUCUAUUCUUGGACUAUCAUGGCCUACCUUUACUGUGGAGCUGGAUGGCUGAUAUUGGUGAUGGGGCUCCCUAUUUAAAAUUACAGAUCUUGGACACUUUGAAGAUGCUUCCCAUAACUAACAAGACAAUUCUGCAAGAAAGUAAAAUUUUACCUAUGGUUAUAAAAUGGGCUACUGAACUUAAAUUGACGGCAGAUCCCGAAAUUGAAACAGAACAAAGCAAUGAUAAUUCGUCACAAGCUGGUACUCCUUCAUCAGUGGCAAGUCGAGAUGAACGACCACCGAAGAAGAAGGUUAAAUUUGCUGACGAAACUAGUUCGGACAGUGAAAUGUCAGAGUGUAGCCGGUUGAGCGGCAUGAUAUAUGUCAAUGAACCUACAACUAAAAAUGGACUGAAUGAAGUUGCCGACAGCUCUGAUAUGACAUAUACAGAUUAUUCUACCCCAGGAGGAAAUUUGUACAUAGACGAUUUAGAUGAAACCAGAUCUUCUAAAUCUCCUUCUAGUGGAGUGCCUAAAAGUGGAAUUCUUAUUAAACCAGAACUGCAAAAAGAGUUAUCAAGUGAAUCUUCCUCUUCACCUGUAGUUGACGACAAAAUCCAGUCUAAUGAAGCUGAAUCUUCCUCUCCAGAUAUACUUGAGAAAUCAACGAAAGAAAAGUCAGAAGACGAUACUUUAACAAAAGACGAUGACAGCAGCAAUGAGGUCAAGGUAGCAGCGGACGAGAAGAACUUUGAUUCAAGCAAGUUGUCAUCAGUGGUUUCUCUCGCCACUGACCUACUCAAGCACUGGAGUGAUUUGAAGGAAGUUUUCAAAAUUCCAAAGAAAGAAAAGGUUGAAGAGCGGAAAAGAACAGAAAGAGAAUUAGGCAAGUUUAUAACUUUUAAUUCUUCUUUAUUUUCUAUUUUAAAUACACAUAUCUUUUGUAUUCAAAACUGUAAUUGUUUUUCCUUCCUUCAAACAAAAAGAGAUCGUAAGCGUAGAUAUGAGGCAUCACCUGAUAAAAAUCAUAAUCGUUUUAGAACACGCUCAGAUCGAAGGCGGGAUGAUGUUCAAGAAUUGCUCAAUCCCAAUAGGCCUAGAAUUUAUGGUUUCAACAGGCGUGUUCUGCUACCUACACCGCCCAAGCUGAGCAAAGAAGAACGGCGCCAACAGUUUGAGGCCCAAGUAAGAGCAGAAGAUGAACGUGCAGAAUUUCAAAAGCAACAAGAAGCAGCUUACAUUCAACAACAACAAGAAUAUAUGCAACAAUACAAUAUUUCCGGUGAAGGCAAUGGCUAUGAUUACUAUGCACAGCAUGACCCAAAUAUUGCUUACCAACAAGAUCCAAACAUGGUUUACCAGCAUGAUCCGAAUGUAGCAUAUACACAAGAUCCUUCAGCAGUGGUAGCUUACCAAGCAGACCCAGUGACUGGAAUGUUUCCAACUCCUGCUACAUACCAACAAGAUCCAAAUGCUCAGUAUCAAGACCCCAACAGUGUUUACCAUCUAUCCAAUUAUCUCAUACCACCCCCUACAGAUCCAGCUGCCUAUGCAGUGUCAACAGCUGAUCCAGCUGUAUACCCAGUACCACCCCCAACAGAUCCUAAUGCUUAUCAAAUACACCCAACUGACCCAACUGCUUAUCAAAUACAACCACCUGAUGCAAAUGCUUAUACUGUAACCCCUACGGACCCAAAUGCAUACCAGGUCCCUGCACCUGAACAAACGACUUUCCAAACCACCACAGAACAGACUAGUUAUCAGACUGAAAGUAGCAACUAUCAGAUAUCUGUUCCACCACCUGUUACACCUGUACCUACUGAGCCUAGUUAUCCAAAACCAAGUGUAGCAGUAACAGCUGCUACUUCACCAGCAGUUACUCAACAACCAGCAGAAGCUCUUUCAGAACAUUGCUUUAUGCCAGCACCAAGUGUACCAGUUGUACUUGAAACAGGCACCUCUCAGACAACACCUAAUCAUAGUGUUUUACCAACAAUGACACCAACAUAUAUAGAACCUGGGAGCUCUGUACCUACUUUGUAUUCUAAUACACCUGCUUUUUCUGUUCAAUCGAAGUACAUGACUACACCUCAAGCAAGUCAAACGACAUCCUACCCACAGACAACACCUCCUCAAUCCAGCACACUACCUCAGCUACCCCCUCAGCCUCCGCAGCUGCCUGCAACUUCUCUUGUUAAUGUCCCUCCUCCGACUCCAUCAUCAACUCCGCAGACACCAUUAUUUGUACAAGGCCAACAAGGCCAGCCUCAACAACAGCCACCAGCAGCACCUCCUCAGGUUUUCUAUCCUCCAACACCACAAGCACUGGUUGUACCUCCUCCACAACAUUUCUCUCAGCCCCAGGCCUCAACUCCAGCCGUUGCUAGCUCACAAGUUGUACAAAUUAACCAAGGAUUAUUUGCUUGUCAACAGGUUGACCAAUUACAGCAGUUACAAAUGCAAAACAUUGUUUUACCGUCAACAACUUCAACUAAUGCAGCAACCGACGAUGAACCUCCUCCACCACCCUCACCUCCAAAGCCAAAAGUUACCAAGCUUCCAGCCAAUUGGAAGAUAGCUAAAGAUGCAGAAGGAAAACAGUAUUAUUAUCAUACUCUAACAAGGCAAACACAGUGGGAUCUCCCAAAAUGGGACCAAAGUGAUCAAGAUGAUAUGGAUCUGGGAACUCCAACUCACGAUGAACCACAAAACAAGUCUAAAAGAAAAGCCACGACUACAGCAGCAGCUGAUACUUCCAGUGAACUUGCCAAAAGAAGCAAGGAAGCAUUCCGCAAUAAGAUGUCCCAAUGGAUUGUUGCCUGCUUGAAUCCCUAUCGGAAACCAGAUUGUAGACUCGGUCGAAUAUCUAGCACAGAUGACUUCAAGCAUUUGGCAAGAAAGUUAACUCACCAUGUGAUGGCCAAGGAGUUGAAACAUUGUAAACAUCCUGAAGAUUUAGAAGUCAAUGAAAAUGUAAAAGCAAAGGCAAAAGACUAUAUUAAAAAAUACAUGUGUAAGUUUGGAGCCAAUUAUAAAAAAGCCCAAUCACCUACACCAGAUGAUUGAAGACAUUUUGUUGGUUAGCAUCUACAUUUCACAUGGGAAUUUUUAUCAUUGUCACUUAUGAUAUAUACUAACAACUUGGUGCUGUUCGCUUAGCUUUGUUCGAAAGCUUUGAACACUACAUGAAUGUAAACACCUGACAAGAGGAAGAGUUUUAAUUUAUCAUCUGGUUUGUUAAGUUACCUCCUCCAAUUAGGAAAACGCACAAAUCUAUCUUUCCUCUUUCCGUCCUAUGGACGUAACUGACGUGACAAUAGGGCUAGUUGUGAAAAGAAACGAAUUUUCAUGAAACUCCCUGCAAAGAAAAUCCAAUGAAAUCAUUGUAAAUUGAUUUUCAUUAACGAUCUCAAGUGCAUUUCAUAACAGUAUACACACACAUAUAUAUGCAUUUAGAGGUUAAGUCUCCACUGUUUGUUGGCGUUUCUGUUUUUUUUUAAUGUUUUAUUUUCCUUGAUGUCCUGGCUGUCGUUCUGUGUAAACAGCAUUGAGACACUGUACAUAGAAAGUGAAUGGGACCAUGGGAAAUCUUCCCUUCUAACAAGCCAAAUAGCAGUUCCCUGAAACUGAGGAAAAGCAGGCAGGCAGGGAUGGGGAGGCUAUCUUCUGACUCAGUUCUCAUUCAACUUCCAUUCCAUCAACCGUAAUUCUUUCACCUUUCCUUUCUCAUUUUUUUACUUUUUUUAAUUUACAUGCCAUAAAUAGUUGAAUGAAGUUGGAUUACACUUGUUCCUUGUUUUUAAAUAUGCAUACACUUCUAAGUUAUUCAAUUAUCAAAUUACCUAUUUGGUACCCAUAAUUUUACCUGCUUAAUGUUUACGAACAGUGUAUGCUGAUCUCACUUUACCUAAAGGGACACACUCAUCCUUAACAAGCAGUGAAUCAAUAGCUUCACUGGUCAAGAAUCCCUUCUGCUGACAAUAAAAUGCUAUCAUUUCAAAAAUUGGUCAUAUUAAAAAUGUCUUUAUCUCUGAAAGAGUUUAAGAUUUAAAACAUUUUUAUUCAAUGUUUUACCACUAUGUGGCUACUAUUUAUGUUCAAAAUUUGCUAUCUAAGUAUUUUAUCAAUGAAAUUUUUAAAUUGUAAAUUUUCUUUAUUACAAGAAUUCAUUGUAAAAUAAGCCUAAUCAUGUUUUAAUGAAAUCAUUUUUUUUUUUAAUUAAUUAAUUAAUUUCAAACACAAAAGCGGGGGUUAGAAUAUUUGUAAAUCCUGCCAUCAUUCUUUUUAGCAUUGUUUUUUUUUAAAUACAUCAUGGAAAUUAAAUUAAUUUUUUUUUUUUUUUUU